CAACAACAAUACAAUGAAAAUCAAAGCGGCCCACCAGACCAAGAGACACUUUCCACGUCCUGUCUGAAACCAAAAUAUCAAAGAUAAUUGAGAAAAAAAAAAUAUAGAAAACGUUGAGGAAGAUGUCUCACUAUCAAGUUUUAUUAUCUACGGUACAAGAAGGUGGACCCUACAAUAACACUAUCUGACUUUAUAAUAAUGAUAUUGCUAUACAUUCAACCCCAUAAAGGAAAGCUUUUAAUUUACAACUUGAGACAGAAGGAAAACAAGGGAAAUAUCAAGAAGAAGAAAAAGAGAAGAAAGGAUUCAGCAAUCUUCUUUUUCUUCUCUGAUUGAAAAAUGGGUUCUCAGGUCUCUACACAGAUGGAAAAGCGUAAGGCAAUCUCCACUGAAAAGAAAACGCUUUGUGACCUUCAUGAAAGUUGUGGGGAAACAUUUCCUGGUAGUGACUACCGUCCUGCUGACAGGAAGAAUUGGAUGGGUGGCCUCGGUCCUGAGAAACUUCACAUAAACAAGAUUGUAUGGCCUGGAACUCAUGAUUCUGCUACCAACAAGAUCGGAAUUCGGUGUAUCUCUCGCCCUUUUGCACAAUGUCAAUCUUUGUCUAUCUACCAACAGCUUGUUAAAGGCACCAGAGUUUUGGAUAUUCGAGUUAAUGAAGAUCGUCGUGUCUGCCAUGGAAUCCUGUCUACUUACAGCGUGGAUGUUGUCAUCAAUGAUAUCAAGAAGUUCUUGUCAGAGACACAGUCAGAGAUCAUAAUUCUUGAGAUCCGCACUGAAUUUGGGCACCAGGAUCCUCCUGACUUUGAGAAGUACUUGGAGGAAAAAUUUGGGGAGUUCCUGAUCCAACAGGAUGAUCAAGUCUUUGGGCGAACAAUUGCUGAAUUGUUGCCAAAGAGAAUUAUCUGUAUCUGGAAACCAAGUAAGUCUCCUCAGCCUAAGGCAGGGUCUCCAUUCUGGAGUGCUAAUUACCUGAAGGACAAUUGGAUAGACACAGAUUUACCAUCGACAAAGUUUGAUAGCAAUAUGAAGCAUUUGGGUGAGCAACAACCAGUUUCAUCCAGGAAAUUCUUCUACAGGGUGGAGAACACAGUCACACCACAGGCAGAUAAUCCUGUAUUAUGUGUUAAACCAGUGACAGGGCGAAUUCAUGGAUAUGCUAGACUGUUCAUUACUCAGUGCUUUGCCAAGGGUUGUGCUGAUCAGUUGCAGAUUUUCUCUACAGAUUUUAUUGAUGAGGACUUUGUCGAUGCUUGUGUUGGCCUUACACGAGCCAGGGUUGAAGGGAAGUGUUGAUGAAUUUGUGAAGUUUUCUUCUCUUGUAAUUAGUUUCUACCUCCAUAUAAUUGGCUGUCCGGUUAUUUGUUUGUAAUGUAGUAUAUGACCUGUAUAGCGUUGGCUAUAUUUAUCGUGCAUUGAUGUGAUAGAUAUUCUUGUUGGAUUGGCUAGUUUUCUUCCUUCAUUUUUAGGCUGUUCUGCAAUUCUCAUAGCCCUUUGAUGAGCUGGAGUGGCCAAUAGGCCAUAACUCCUCAAGGAAAUAAAGACAGUAAAACAUUUCGGCUCAAAAUGCUUUAACUCCUGGUAAGUCUCCCUACAUCUUUUUGGAAACAACCUUCAAAUUUCACUAUCAGGGCCAUAUGUCAC